AUGGCAUCGAACGGCGUCGAGGAACAGAUUUUGUCCCAGGAUGAUCUGGACGAAAAGCCGUGGAAAUAUGUCGGGUACAAAGAUUUUGCCAAGUUCUCUGCCCUCUCAGAUGACUACUUUGCCCUCAGACGCUUUGAUGAGUUGCACAAUCGCACUCUCCUUGCUCUUCAAGACCGAUUGACAGACCUUGAAGAGAAGCUUAACUCGCUUGAUGGCCGAUUGUCUCAACGUCAGAAUCCCGACGUCGACAAUGGUAGCUUUCGUAAGGACCAGCCGGAGAGGAGGGAGCUUCUUGACCAAAUACAUGAUGCGCUGAUACGAUACGUCUGUCAGUAUCUACAGUUACGAGGAGCUCAGGAAGCCCCACCUGUCGUCGUCCGAAAUAUGAGAAGGUGGCUCGAUAACAUGAAUAAACCGAUUGAGCAAGAUGAAGUCGAAUUUCUCAAUCGGAAGGAUCUGAUUUCGAUGGUGGGGCAGAAAAAGUCUACAGCUCAACGAUUCCUUGAGACGAAUAUUGAACUACCAUUCAUCGGCUGGCUGGGAAGACAGACGCAUCCCUCAAAAGAGCGGACUGCCCAUGACCUAGCGAUUCAUUAUGACGCAGGAAAACUGCGCGUCAUGCACCGCGUCGGAAUUUACGUCGUUGCUUUGGUAAUGCUGGUGGGCCCGUUGUGGUUGCUAGCUGCGCUCGACAAAGAGUGGCAUAAGCUGAUCUCGAUUAGUCUGCUUCUUCUUGUUUUCCUAACAGUCAUGAACUGGGGUAUCGUGGCCAGGCCCUUUGAGGUUCUGGCGGCAACAGCUGGGUCAGUUCUCCUUGUCGACUAC